AGAUUUCUCUCACAGUGCUGCCAGCGCUGAUCAAUCAAUUUUGGAACCAGUCUAGGAAAUUAAAGGCUCUACCUUCCUAUAGUUCACUGUCCGAGAAUCAGCUGAUUCGGUUCGCUUUCUGUCCAUCGACCGUCGAUGCUGCUCACGAGCGGCAAGGAAUAACGCGCCGAAACUCCUAUUCGUUAUAUUUUCCCGGUAUUUUCGUCUUACGAAUGAUAUUCCACAUCUACAAGGGCACGUCAGAUUUCUAGAGGAUUACGGUGCUACGGAGUUUGCGGACAUGUGGCUGCAUAGAAAUAGACACGUGAGAAGGGGAAAGGACCGCGUAUGGAUGGGACAAGUCGUGUCUAUUUUUACGAGAAAGACUGCGUUUACGCUUCCUGGUGUCAUUUUCUUCCAAAUUCUGGCUCUGUGAGAAUCCGUCGGUAGAUCAGUCGAGAUAAUGGAGAAUCUACCUGAGGAGGUAACGAAGUCGAGCUUUCGACGUAAGGUGUGGGAUUAUAUGACAAAGAACGAACUGGUGAACUUUCCUGUUAACAUAUACAAGCGUAUACCGAAUUUCAAAGGUGCAGCAGAGGCGGCCCAGCGAUUGAGUGAACUAGAUGAAUUCAGGAAAGCCAGAGUCAUAAAGAUAAACCCAGACAAGCCACAAGAACCAAUACGAUUUUUAGCUUUGGAAACCAAUAAGGAAAUCAUUGUGCCUAUCCCCAGGUUGAGGACUGGCUUGUUCUUACACGUUACACCAGUUGCGGGAGCGUCGAAAGAACAGCUGAAAACCUUGGCUUCCAUGCGCGGUCUAGAGCAAGCAGGUAAACCACUUGGAUUGGAUUCGCAUAUUAAGGUAGAUCUUGUUGUGCUGGGAUCCGUAUGUGUCAGUCGAGAUGGAUAUAGACUCGGUAAGGGAGAAGGUUUUGCUGAUCUUGAAUUUGCAAUGAUGAUGAGAAUGGGCACGAUAACGGGGAACACGAUUGUCGUUACAACGGUGCAUGAUUGUCAAAUCGUGGAUUAUCUACCACCACGAUUGUUCAAGGAAUACGACGUGCCAGUAGACAUAAUCGUUACGUCGACGCAAACUAUAUAUGUAGAAUCAAGACUGAAGAAACCGACUGGCAUUCUGUGGCAUAUGCUUAGUGAAAGAAGACUCAAAACCAUGCAAGUAUUAAAGCAGCUGAGAGAGAUAGAUGAAAAAGAUGGCAAAAUCAUAGUACUGAAGGAGAUUGAUUCCGACAUCGAGACGCGCCAGUAUAUCAAGAAUCGCGUUAAAUAUCCGAAAAAUAAAAGGCGUUUUAAGAGGGAUGCGUCUAAUACAGAAAACUUUGUCGCGGAAGAUGGCAAAGUUAAAGUUGACAAGCCGCGUUUUCCACGAAGACGAACGUAUAAAAAAGUAAAAAUUGAAGAAGAAAAUAACUUUCCUAACAUUGAAGUACAAACAAAGGCGGAGAACAGUACUAAGAACGCGUCCCGACGGCGUAAAAAUCUUCGUCCUAGAACGAAAACACAUAUCGACUUCUCGUUGAAGCUAUCUAACAUCUCGUCCGGCGUAAGAGUCCGCGAUCUAAAGAACGCUUUAUUGAUGCGUGGUAUUAAACCGAGCGAGAUAACUUGGCAAGGCUACCGCGGCAUCUGUUAUCUUCACUUCAGCAAACUUAGAAGUGAGGCCGCUCUACCAGAUCAGCCAGUUCAGGUAGAUUCGAUCGUGGCAAAUCUGCAACAAUUCCGAAUCGGUGAAUUCGCGAAUGACGAGGAGGGAUUUAUAUAUGUAGAACCCGCGAAACCGAUUUCCAGAAUCGAAGUGACCGAUGUUACAACUGUCUAAACGUUUAUCGGAACCUACAUCAAACGUGUACUUACGUGUUGUUUUUUGGCUGUUUAUAUAUCAACGUCGAAAUGUAGGGACAUCUUCCAAAGUCUUUUUUUUUGUAUGAGAACUCUUCAUCAUGUAUACAAUCCCAGGCAAAGCGUACUUCUCGUUAAUACAAAUUGUAUAUUCUUUAAUGAAUUUCAUUGAAGCUA